AACAAGGUCGAAUCUAGAGAUGGGUAACUCAUUAUUUUUACAUGAGGUUGAGGGAGGACGAGGUGAGGUGCUCGCGAGGACCUCGUGAGGACCCCUCAUUUGAGGCGAGGAGUCGUACGCAAUGCAUCGCGACGCGCCGAACUCGCCGAUGGCCGAUAUUCAGUGGAAUGUCGGAGGCGAGGCGAGGGGCGGACGCGGGCGUCAAUUCCUAUAACUUGCGAUAAGGAUUUUUUCGUCUCUCUCCCACACAUCUUUUCUUUCAGUUAUUAUUUUUUGACUGCAAAAAUAAACGAAAUACGAAUCAAUGACACUAGAUUACAAAUCUAAUACUCAUGUUUUUAGGGUUCAUAAUUCAAUAUCAUAGUUAAAGUUUAGAGUUCAUAGUAUUUAUACAAUAUUUUUUCUAUAUUUUGUUUUGAUUUUGAGUAAUAAUAAUAAUAUUAGUUUACCUAUGUUGAUCUUGGAGGUGCACGUAUUUUUAUAGUUACCCAUCUCUAAUGUACUACGCAAUAAAUAAGCAGGUGGUUGUUCAUAAGAUAAAUAGAAAUAUGAACAAUGGCGAUUCACUGUCACUCGCUCACUUAGUGCAUUCAAUCGCUCGACUCAAUACUCACUCGUACUCGCGUCUAUACAUCGCGUAUUAAGUCAAUACUCAAUUUGUCAAUGUCAAUUUUCAAGUGAGGACUGAAGAGUGAAGUGAGGUGGUUCAAUGUUGAAAUUUGAGGAACUCUUUCAUUUUGCAAUCACGAGUACCUCAAACGAGGCGCCUCAUGAGUGAGGGACUCAUCUCUAGUCGAAUCACGAUUGCCUACUAAAAAUUAAAAUAAAAAGCUUCAGUUUAGCGCGGGUUCAAUUAAUUAAAGUAUCUUAUAUUAAUUUACUCUUUGAGUAUCUAUUAUCACAAAUCGUUAUUGGAUGCAACGAAGUUUGGAUAUUAUGGAAAACGCGAGCGUGUGACAUUUUUUUAUAACAAUGAACAGUGAUCAAAGUCCCGGGAGCCCUAUAGACUUGAGUGACCGUGGUGACCGUGAACAGGCUGGUCUGAUGGACCCGAUAGACCACGCUCGAGCCCGCUAUCCGUACUGCAUAGUAUGGACACCAAUACCAGUUUUAACAUGGAUCUUCCCAUUCCUGGGUCACAUGGGUAUAUGCAUGUCAAAUGGUGUGAUAAGAGACUUUGCAGGCCCCUACUUUGUGUCUGAAGAUUUGAUGGCAUUUGGCAACCCCACAAAAUAUUGGCAGCUGUCACCACACAAAGCUGUGAAUGGCCAGGCCGGGUGGGACACUGCUGUCUCAGAGGCAUCAGAUAUAUAUAAGAAAAGAAUGCAUAUCAUAUUCUAUGACAACUGCCACUCACACGUAGCUACUGCGCUGAAUAUCAUGAACUAUGGAGGCUGCAAAAACUGGAACAUGGUGAAACUGGCUCUCUACAUGAUACCUUACUCAAAAUAUGUCAG